AUGCGCCACGCAUCGCUGCUGCGCCUCGUCGCGCUCGUCGCGACCGUGGCGCCCACCCGCAGCGGCUCCAGCACCGCCUCCGGCGACCAGUGGGACGCCGCUGCCGAGCGCGCCUACGCGCGACUCGACGCGCAGGGCGACGUGCCGACCGUGCUGCGGCACCGCCCCGCGAUCGCGCGGCGCGGCGACGGCGUCGUCUACGCCGUCGGCGGCUCGAGCGACUUCGUCGCCCAGGAGGUGUUGCCGUGCGUGCGCUACCUGCUCAGACUCGGCGCGCGGACGCGCUACGCGCUCUUCUACGAGCGGCACCUGCUGACUGCGUUAGAGCCCGGCGACGCCGCGGACGUGCGGCGGCUCUUCGACGUGCUGACGGCCUACGAGGACGUCGAGCUGCCCGCGCUGCGCGGCGCGUUCAAAGGCGACGUGCGCCUGCGCGUCAAGAGCGUCAAGGCCCACGCCUUCCUCUUCGCGCCCUUCGAGCGCUUCGUCUACCUCGACUUCGACAGCCGGCCGUGCCGGCCGGACUUCGCCGCGCGGCUUUUGGGCGAUUUAGCAAAGUCGGGCGUUGACGCGGUGCUCCACGACCAGUGGACGUCCCAGCGAUUCAUGCCCGUCGACAAGCACUACCGCGUGGAGCACAACAGCGCCGUGGCGGCCUUCGACGCGACGUCGCCCCGGACGGCCGCCGCGCUGGGCUGGUUCCAGGGCAGGACAAGAGAGCGAAAUUCCCAACUUCAAAGGCUCAUAUCUCGGCCGUUUUCCACUCGCUGGUUCGUCGCGGCGUUCGCGGAGCUCCGGCUGCGGCGCGACCAGCCCGCGCUCAUGGUGGGCCUCCGCCUCGCCCGCGAGCGCAUGGGCUUCGGCCACGUCGACGUCGACAACGGCACCUUCUGCCGCGCGAACAACAGCGCCGUCGUGUCCUGCGACGCGGGCUGCCGCAUCGUCCACAAGCCCAUGAAGUACGACCCGGGCAAUCUGGUCGUCGCCGUGGGCGCCCGGGGCACGGGCAACGUCGCCCUGCGGCGCGCCCUAGCCCACCUCAAGCUCGUCAACCGGGACCCGGCGUGCGACGGCGACGGCGCGGCGCCGGAGACGUGCAAGGUCCUCGUGGGGCUCCGGUGGUCGCGGGCCUACGCGGCCAUCGCGGCGAAAUACCCCCGCGCCAAGUUCGUCCUCACGACGUCGACGGACCCCUGCCCGGACGAGGCCGCGCACAACGCGCGCGUCCGGGCCGCGCUGCCGGCGCACGCGGUCUUCGACUUGGACUUGGCGGCCGCGCGGGAGCCGGACUGGCGGCGGUUCUGCGCCUUCGUCGAGGCCUGGUCCUCCUGCAAGACGCGCGACCUCGCCAAGACCGCCGCGUCCUGGCUCCGCGCGCGCGCGCCGACCAAGGCGUGUUAG